AUGAACAAGGAGAACAUCUUCACGCGGCUGCACCAGCAGCUCCCGCGCCGCCUCCAGCCAACGCUCCCGCCCGCGCCGAGUCCGCGCCGGAAGCCUCGGUCGCGGUCCGCUGUCGUCCAUGAUGUACCGCCGCCAUCGCCCAUGAUGCACACGCCUCAUGCCACGCUUGAAGGCGAUCCGAACGAUCCGCACACGCUGCUGCGUGGCGUCUUCCUCUUCUACUGCCGCUUUGGACGCACGUGCACGUCCGAGACGACCAUGGAUGGUACCAACUUUGCCAAGUUUUGCCGCGAGUGCCCCAGCCUCAUUGGCGCCCGCUUCGCUAACGUCGACAUUGACAUUACGUUCGCCAAGGUCAAGCCCAAAGGCGAGCGCCGCAUCUCGUACGCGCUCUUCCUCGAGGCCCUCGGCAUGGUCGCGCUGAAGCGGUACCCCGACCUCUCGCUCGAGAGCGCACUGCCGCGCCUCCUCAAAGUCAACAUCGCGAUGCUGCCGUGCGUGGUCGACACGCAGACAGGGUCGCCGGUCAAGGCUGUGUGGCGUCGGCGACAACUGCCGCCGGAACAAAGCGACUCGAUGUCGGACCCCGAGGUAGAGAUGCCAGUCGAAGAUAAUGAUGCAGAGGACGAUGCUCUGUAUAAGAUGGAAGCCAACAACGACCCGUACGACCUCGCAAAGCUGCCGCCGCCGAUUCCGCAGCGCCGGCGUACUCUGAGCUGCGCACCAGAUUUAUGA